AGCCAAAAACUUUACUCAAGUAAAAGUACAAUUACUUAAUAAAAAAAUGCUCAAGUAGAAGUAAAAGUAAUAAUGUUAUAAAUUACUCGAGUAAGAGUAAGAAAAUAUCCAAUAAAAAGAAUACUCAAGUAGUGAGUAACUAGUUACUUUCACAUAUAACAUUAUGGAUGUUUACUCUCUUAUAUUCCAGUACAUGAUACACAUUUAACAUGCAUUACAGAAUGAUUAAUAAUAAUACUAUUAAUAUUAUUGUUAAUAAUGGAAAUUGUCAUUAUUCACCACCAUGUUGUUCCAAACUCAUAUGACUUAUUUCUUCCAUGCAUCAAAUUAAAGGGAUAGUUCACCAAAAAAUAAGUUCUCAUUUUCUCACCCUCAUGCCAUCCCAGAUGUGAAUGACUUUCUUCUGCAGAACACAAAUGAAGAUCUUUAGAAGAAUAUCUCAACUCUGUUGGUCCAUACAAUGCAAGUGAAUAAUAACCAGAACUUUGAAACUCCAAAAAUCACAUAGAGGUAGCAUAAAAGUAAUUCAUAUGACUCCAGUGAUUUUCAGAAGCAAUGUGAUAGGUGUGGGUGAGAAACAGAUAAAUAUAUAUAAAAUAUAUAUAGUUCCACUGUCGUAAGUGCCCCAUUCAAAAAAUCUCAAUAAAUUAUGCAUUUAUUAACACUUAUUAAAUUAAAACCAGUAAUGUAAUGACAGGAACCCAUUGUAACGAAGUAAAAAAAAAUCAGAAAUGUACUUGAGAGAGUGAAAUGUACCCACCAUGAAACAUAGUCAAUUUUUUUCCAAAAUGUUACUCAAGUAAAUGUAAUGGAGUAAAUGUAGCACCUUACUACCCACCUCUGUAUAUAUAAUUUCUGUAUCUGGACCAGCAAUCAAAACAACAGUGUAGAGAGAGGGCAAAGAUAAUCACAAGGUUGUUUUUGACCCAGGAAGGUGCAGAAAGGUGACUUGAGAAGAGGGCAACUUAUUGCACAAUAGCUGCAUGACUCUACUACAGCUCACAUAUGAGGGGAAAGAAAAAACCUCCCAAGUGCUUUGAUUUGAAAGAAACCCAAAUAAAAUAUAAGAACAUGUUCUGUACGUAUGCCAAACGUGUAAAAAAAAAUGCACUGACUCCCUUUGCUGGGUUUGAAAUGGAAAACCACGAGUUGUUUAAAUGUGUCUGAAGAAGAGAAGUGGGAAGUGAAUUUCUGUUGUGUGCUGCAAUGUUCUUCUGAGGGCUAGAAUUUAGAACAUCAUAACACCAGUUUUUUUUCUAGUGUAAGUCUUUGGACUUGAUGUUAUCUUGUCCAUCAGUCAUUUUAUACUGCUUUGACAUCUAGGCUAUUUGUCAUUUUUGAGACUUUGGCUAUGUUCAGAUGCGUACUGCUUAGGUGUAAAAUUAAUUAAUUAAUUAAUUUAUUUAAUUUAAUUUGUUUAAUUAAUUAAAAAUUAAAAUUAAAUCGUAAGUUUCAUCAUGAUUUGAUCUUGUAUCGAUUCCCUUAGCCAGCAAUCCGAUGUUUGCCGAUACCUCAAAGUCUGCCACGAUUUCGAUUCAGGGGCUUGCGAUCGACAUUACGAUAUAAUGUGUCUAUUUAUUAUCUCACAGAUGCAACCAAAAUAUAAUUAGAAUAUUUUAUGGAGCUCUCUGGAAAGUGCAAUUCCAGUAUCCACAUUGGGACAUCCACAAAAAAAAACAAAAAAUAAAUAAUAAAAAAAAUAGUCACAUACAUGUGAUCAUCAAUCGUUUGAUGACAGCUCAUUGCCUUGUGGAAUGUGGGAAACACUACAAUGACAAUUUGUCAUCUCUACAAUAGUCAAGCAAGACUUUUAAUCCAAAAUACUUAAAUACCCACGACAGGAGAUCAUGUGCUACCCGUGUUUUUUCUUGGCUACAACUUCCACAGUUGUAUUGAGAAAUUCUGUUACAGUUUACUGUGAUAAAUGUUAGUAAGUGUGUUGAUGUGAAGGUUUGAAAAGUCUUGUAAUUGAUGUGGGUGCAGAGCAGGUGUUUGUUUUACAUGUUGAAUCGGUGACAUCGCAUCCUAGGUGAUUACAUCGAUGCAUCGAUUCAAAUCGAUGGAUUGUUACACCCCUAUGGACAACCAUACUGCUCUUACUAUUUUUGAACUAGCCUAUGUAGUACACUGUGCAUAGCAUGAGAUUUUUCUGUUUGCUCAGAAUGCCCGGAUAGUAACUGUUGCCAAAUGUGCCAAAACGGACAAUACUGUGUGGAAUACUGUAUCCCACAGGUAGUGUUCAAAUUAACCUUCCAUUUCUGGAAUGAUGAACGGGAAUUAAUAAAAUCAACAGUGUAUUUUAAUCUCUCGACUCAUUGAUUGGCCUGCCAAAUGUAAGUUUGGACACAAAAUGUAACUAAACAUGCCAAAAUAACAUUUCCGAAAUGAUGUCCACCCACAUCAAUUAUAUAGACCUAUAAAAAAUGAAGCUUAAGUGUCAAACUGAAGACAAACUUAUAACCCAUAGGUGCAAUUAAAUUUAAUGUGACAUAUUUGGUGAUAGAUUUAUUGUCAUUAUUUCAUAUCAUUAUUAUUAUUCCUUAUUUUAUUUCCAUUUUAUUUUUGCAUUAUAUUUAAUACAUUAUAUUACGGUAUCUAGGGAUGCCGCAGUGCAAGUUUAUUAUGGUUAGAUUACCGUCUGAGAAAAAAAUCGCAGUUAACUGGUUUUACAAUUAUUUGCAUGGUUUGUUGAUUUAUGGUCUUGCGUUUUUACAGGUUCUGUCAAACCUUUAGACAAUUAGCCAGUUAUCUUCUGAUAGGAGGUGUACUGAAUUGGAGGUGUACAUGUGGAUGUAUUUUAAGGCCUAUCUACAAACUAAGUGCCUCUUUGCUUGACAUCAUGGAAAAUCAAAAGAAAUCACAAAAAAAAUUGUGGACCUCCACAAGUCUGAUUCAUCCUUGGGAGCAAUUUCCAAAUGCCUGAAGGUACCACAUUCUUCUGUACAAUCAAUAGUACGCAAGUAUAAACACCAUGGGAACACGCAGCCAUCAUACCGCUCAGGAAGGAGACGCAUUCUGUCUCCUAGAGAUGAAUGUAGUUUGGUGCAAAAAGUACAAAUCAAUCCCAGAACAACAGCAAAGGACCUGUGAAGAUGCUGGAGGAAACGGGUAGACAAGUAUCUAUAUCAACAGUAAAACGAGUCCUAUAUCAACAUAACCUAAAAGGCUGCUCAGCAAGGAAGAAGCCACUGCUCCAAAACUGCUGUAAAAAAGCCAGACUACAGUUUGCAAGUGCACAUGGGGACAAAGAUCUUACUUUUUGGAGAAAUGUCCUCUGGUCUAAUGAAACAAAAAUGGAACUGUUUGGCCAUAAUGACCAUCGUUAUGUUUUGGAGGAAAAAGGGCGAGGCUUGCAAGCAGAAGAACACCAUCCCAACUGUGAAGCAUGGGGGUGGCAGCAUCAUGUUGUGGGGGUGCUUUGCUGCAGGAGGGACUGGUGCACUUCACAAAAUAGAUGGCAUCAUGAGGAAGGAAAAUUAUCUGGAUAUAUUGAAGCAACAUCUCAAGACAUCAGCCAGGAAGUUAAAGCUCGGUCUCAAAUGGGUCUUCAAAAUGGACAAUGACCCCAAGCAUACCUCCAAAGUUGUGGCAAAAUGGCUUAAGUCAAGAUAUUGGAGUGGCCAUCACAAAGCCCUGACCUCAAUCUGAAAAAUGUAUGAUCUGAAAAAGCGUGUGCGAGCAAGGAGGCCUACAAACCUGACUCCAUUACACCAGUUCUGUCUGGAAGAAUGGGCCAAAAUUCCAGCAACUUACUGUGAGAAGCUUGUGGAAGGCUACACAAAAUGUUUGACCUAAGUUAAACAAUUGCAAUGAGACCAAAUAUUAACAAAGUGUAUGUUAACUUCUGACCCACUGGGAAUGUGAUGAAAGAAAUAAAAGCUGAAAUAAAUAAUUCUCUCUACUAUUAUUAUGACAUUUCACUGACCUAAGACAGGGAAAGUGUUCUACAAUUAAAUGUCAGGAAUUGUGAAAAACUGAGUUUAAAUGUAUUUGGCUAAGGUGUAUGUAAACUUCUGACUUCAACUGUAUAUGAGAAACGCUCCAAUCUAGGGCAUGACACCGCUUUUGCGCAUCCCGAGCUCAGUGAUGUGCUUCAGUGUAACUUGAGUGCCUCAAAAGUGCGUAAAUGUAAGAUUAUGGGUGCGCAAUGUAGUUCACAGCAUCCAACCAUUUUUUUUUCUUCUGCUUUUAUUAUUUUAUUAUUAGUUUAUUAAAGCAAUCCGUUGUCUGUCAGACGACCCAACAGUGAAUCGGAAACAGACUGUAUAAAAAAUCCUGUCCACAACAUCUUAAAAAUAAACCUUUGGACUAUGCAUAUUAACGAGAGCAUUGCUUAGAGCAGCAAUUUAAAGUCCGAUAAUGACUAAAAUUCACAUUUAUUGUUGAAUGCAGAGAAUUUGUACAGAAGCAAUGCUUUAAAUAAUGAUAACGAUUUAAUACACAACUUUUCCAAGUUUACUCGCCUAUAGUGCAAGUUGCGUCUAUAAUUCAUCACUUUAAAAUGUACCAUGAGAGGUGCAUGGUUUGUUGAUUUAUGGUCUUGCGUUUUUACAGUUUCUGAGAUCUGGAAAGUUUGAUAAAAGCUAUUGUAGCAGCUUGUCUGUUUUAGAUGGUCUGGAAAUGGCAUUGUGUAAGCUCAGCUGCCGCCCCACCUCUCCUUUUGAAUGAGUGCCAUUGUUUUUGGAAAGCUUGAGCAAGUUCAGGGAUAGGAAGUGUGAUAUGAAAAGUUCUUGGACUUUUAAAGCUGAUAUGUGUAAUUUUUUUUCAAUCUUAAAAUUCUUUCUCGUAUUCCAGCUCUGGAAGAUGUUUGAAAGUGAAGUGAUUAUUUUUUCAAUUCCAUUUGGUGUUGCUAGUGACUAUUGGAUUUGUGGAUGUUUAUGUGGAGUUUUGUUGUGACUCCAGUUGUCUCAAAUCUGUUUUUCUUGCAACAUGGGUUGUAAAGUUUGCACUGUGUGUACAAAAACAUGUGCUGGUGAGUACUGAGCUGUCAACUCCUGUGUGACUUCUGGGCUCCUUCCCCUUUCUUCAGCAGUGGACCGAAAGUAUUGAUUAUCUUUGCCAUUUAUAGGCAUGCAGGGAUCUUGAAUAGCCCAUUGGCUCCUUAUCAGACCUGCAUUUAUUUGCUCUGGCAGGCGCACACGUGCUUGUAAGCGGAGCCCCUCCUGUCUAGGACAAUCACAGCUGCUUAGGUGAAAUUCUGGAGGGUGUCAGUCAGACCAAUAAACCCACGUGCUGUACUGGGAAGAGGACUGUGUACAUACUAGCUUCUAAAAUGGAAUACUGUGCAAAUGUCAACACAAAGUGACACUGCAGUCCUGAUCUCUUCUGUUGGGAGACAUUACUCAGACUGGAGGGAGGAGCCUAAUGCCUCGGAAAUGUAAAACUAUCAGUUACUGCAACCCCACCCCUUACAGGGAACCACGGUUACGAGCCUCCAAUCCGCCAUCAGUCUGGAGGUUUACCACCAUGCACCUCAAGCCAUACCCCAAACCACAAGAUAAAGAAAUACAUCGGGAGUCUGUGCAUGAUGGAACACGAGGCCUCCGUGCCGACCAGCAGGGAGUGCUCAGGACAGAGUGGGGCAUUCGCCAGGCAUGUGGCCUCAUGGGCUCAUCUGGCAACGGCACAACCAACCGGUGCCCACUCGGUGUCAUCUCCACCAAUACCCUCCGAUGUAGCAAUAACCAUAAUGCCAACAGUGCGAGCAAUGCACAGACUAGAGUAUGUGGGGCCCGCAAGGGCAAAGCACCCUCGGUCACAACAUUUACUAGUUCUUUAGUUCUGCUCUCAUCUUCAACUUGUUUGGAGAAUGAAGGCACUCUAAGAAUCUACCAAGAAGAUGAUGGAGAGGGAUCUUUGGACAUAUGGGCUGUCAUUAAACCUGGGAACACAAAAGAGAAAAUUGCCAUCUUUGCAGCUCAGAAGUGUGGCAAUGCUUGUGAACAUGGAAAUGACAACAGUCCUGAAAAAGAAGACAUUGCCCUAGAGUUGCGGACUGUCUCGGUGAAAAACAAAGGCUGCUGGGACAGUGACUGGUCUGUGGCCAAGCGCAGGAGAAGGUCCGGUACCCCAGACAAGCAGAGAAGUAUGGAAUCUCCACUACCAAAACCUGAUAAUCACAAAGUAUCCAUGGCCCUCAAUGAGAACGUCAACCCUUGCCAUGGAAUGGCAGAGGUUGCAGUCAGGACAGAGGGAGAGGAAGGUGGAAAUAUGCUCUCUGUGGUUGAGAUGGUGGCAUACUUAGAGCAAAGAGCCAGCGAUCAGCAGGUGAGCUCCAAACCCCCAUCCUUGCGCAGUACCAGCACCAUUACUUUGUCGAAAAUUGUAUCCAUCCCACAGCCUGAAAUACAGCAGUCUAAAGGCUCAGAAAAGCAAGAGGUCCAAGAGGAAGAGGGGGAAUCUGUGCGGGUUCUGGAUAUGGUGGCCAAGUUGGAGUCACAGUGCCUGAGCAGACAGAGCAUUCAGGAAAAUGGAGGAGACCUUUCUCGAAACAACAGCUUGAGGAGAAAGGUGGGACGAGUGCUUCUGGCAGGGUCAGAAAUGUAUUCACUGCCCUCACAUCCAGUAUCACCUACUGUCCCACAGGAGAAAGUCAAAAGUGUCCCACAGGAACUGGGUUGUGAUUUGGACAAACUGAGUUCCCCGUUCAAGACUUCUGAGUUGGCAAAGACAGAGACCUCGCAGUGUGGUCUUGUCUGCUGCACCGUCAAGCAGGAUGAAGGUUCUUGUAUAGCAAAACAGGAAACUUGCACAGCUGUUGAUAUGGCAAUAAACUUGCAGUCCUCGGCAAAGCAUGCCAGCUCUGAAGCUAGUAAACGCAAUGAGGAACCACAACCAGGCAUGUUGUUCUUUGCCCAAUCUCUACAUCAGACUCUAAAGGAGCAGCACCAGCCCACCUCAGAGAGCAGACUUCUGAACAAAGAGCCUUCUCCACUUGUCCAGGACAGUGACCCUUCUGUGGACACUUCAGUGUCUAUCAGAGAGGACAGCAGGGAUGGACUUAGGAGUGACCAAAAUCAUCAAAAAGUUGAGGAGACGGAGGGAGAGAAUAGCAUUGUUAGCCGAGAGUCUGUGCCUUGUCCUUUACGCCGCCUUGUGUCUCAUGAAUUUCUUGAAACUCGCUUCAAGAUCCAGCUGCUUCUGGAGCCUCAGCAGUACAUGGCUUUCCUGCCCCACCACAUCAUCAUAAAGAUCUUCUGCUUACUGCCUACCGAAAGCCUUGCUGCCCUCAAGUGCACCUGCCAUUACUUUAAGUUUAUCAUCGAGAGUUACGGCGUGCGGCCGGCUGACUCUCGUUGGGUAAGUGAUCCACGCUACAAAGAUGACCCCUGUAAGCAGUGCAAGAAGCGCUAUGACCGUGGUGAUGUUUCACUCUGUCGUUGGCAUCAUAAGCCCUACUGCCAGGCUCUGCCCUAUGGCCCGGGCUACUGGAUGUGUUGCCGGGGGGCCCAUAAAGACACACCUGGUUGCAACGUGGGACUCCAUGAUAACCGCUGGGUCCCACUGGGCCUCAAUAUGCCUAUUUACAAGAAAAGCAGGGACAAUGAUGAGGACUCAUAGUGUGCCAGAGUGGGCAGAUGUAGUGUGCAUUUUAUUUUCUGUUGAGAGUAAUGUGUGAAUGAGCUGUUUCCUGUGCCUGUGUGUUGCCAACGAGCAUGUGUGCUUUUUUUGAUGUAUAGUGCUUAAAAACAGGUUGCUGUAACUAAUUUGAAAAUGCUGGAUCUAUGUACUUCUACUCUGCCAACCAAUCACUAACACCCCUAUUGGAUACCCUCCUGAGGUCCUUAAUGUUGUUCUGCACUUUAACCUUUAAAGAUUGAAUGGUUCUAUCUGGGUACUGCUUGACUAUUUUACUUUGAAUAAGCAUUCAUCUUCAUGAGACUAACUUAUUUUCUGAACACCUCUACAAAUGUCUCCAUUUUUUUUUAUAGCACACUCCAACCUGAUUGUCCUGCACUGAUGUUGACUUGUGCUGCAACAUAUAAUGUUUGAUAAGCAUUACAGUUAUAUUUAUCUCCCAGCAUACUCAUUGGCAAUGGAAAACUUGUAGCGAGGGCACGAGUUGAAAUAUUUUCUCCUUUUCCCGUUACCAUUGCUUUUACUGCUAACAAUUCAUGGGAUGUUAGGGGGCGCAAUGGCUCUGUGACCUGUUGGUUUUGAGAUUGUUCUGAACCCAGAUGUUUACAUUGUACAUAGCACAGAAUACUAUAUAUCAUAACAGAGUGAUGAAUAAUGGCACGAGUGUGAUGUGAAAUGCAUUUAUUCUUAAUAUGGGGAAAAACGCCUUGUUCUUUUUAUGCUAACGCGUAUAUAGUGUAUUGUGUACAUGUAUAUACAUGUACUAUGUGAAGUGGUUGCUCCUGUUCUACAGUGGGACUCCAUGCUAAACCCCUGUAUAUAGGUCUUCUCAAAAUUUUAAGCGUUCAUCUCCCUUGUGUGACAUUUUGUUUCUCUAUGGGAAACAUUUGAAUGUGGGAAGAGAGAAUUUCUCCAUCUUGAUUAACUGAAUACCAUCUGAAAAAAAGACAUUUCAUUGCAAUAGACUGUUUUCCAAAGCGUGUUUCAGAUUUCUCAAAAUUAUUGUUAAUGGCAUUGCUGUGUUCUGCCUGUUAAGGCGUUUUACUUCAAUAAAGUAUAUCUUGGAGUAUUUGUAAGGUGCUGCUCUGUGCUCUUUUUAUCCAUGUUUGUAUCCACAAAUAAACCUUGUAUAGUGUGCUUUGAUAAACUGGAUAUUUUUUUUUUUUUUAAGUGGGGCCUCUGUGCACAUUUAGCCCUAGAUAUCAUGGGGUCAGAGAUCUGUAUAUACAUUAAAACUUUUGUGGAAGUCUAUACAAUGUCAUAGAAAUAUACAAAGACUGAACAAUUGUGUGUUACACUGUAAUUACACUGAUGUCAAUCCACGUGGAUGCAGCAUCAUGCAAUUUCAGUUAUUGAUACCACUGAGGGGGGGGGAAGAAAACCCUAUUCACUGGUAUUUUUUGUCAACCAUGAUAAUUUAUUCUGCAAGUCUGAUAAUAGGGGUUACUGAGCAGUAUUCAGCUGGCCAUGUGAUUUCACGUGAGCAUAUUUUAAAUAGUCAGUGCUAUUGUUAAAGGGAAACCUUUUUACAUUUGGGGGGGGGGGUUAAUCUCUUGCAGGUAAUAAUUUUUAAAUGUCUAAAAAUCGAAUUACCUUUCUGAUGCCUUGAGUACAUAAAAAAUGUUAGUAACUACUCAAAUAUCUGCGUUUUGUUUUGCUAUACCGAUCUCAUAAAUACAAGUGGCAAUAUGCUAUUAAAACACUGUAUACCAAAGUUCCUCUGCUUAUGUUGGUGCUGAAUUAAUAAUCUGAUAAGUUUUUCCAAGUCUGCAUAAAAAAAUAUAGGGCUUCAUUG